GGCAUGAAAAAACGCGCCUGGCAGCCGUCACGUGGCACCACGCCCUCGCCGACCCGACGUGACAACUUCCUGAACCCACCUGCGAGCCCCACGACCGCCGUUGCGACGAAUAGGCCCGCGAGCCACGCGCACGAAAAAAAAUGGCUGCCGCGGCCCCAGCAGCACCCCAGCCCUUCAGCCCCCAGGAGCACGCGCGCUUCGUAGAGGGCGUCGAGCAGUACUGCCGGGCCCACGCCGGCCAGGUCGGCGGCGACGCGUGCUGGGCCGCGAUCGCAUCCCACGUGCAGAACCGGAGCGCGGACGAGCUCAAGGCGCACGCGCAAUAUUAUUUGAUGAGCUUACAGUCGAGGAGCCCCGAGCUCGCGCGGGCGCCGACGCCCGUCAUCUGGACGGCCGAGGAGAACGCGUACUUCGAGGCCCAACUAGCGGUCGUCGACGAGGGCAGCCCCCAGCGCUUCGCGACGAUCGCUUCUGGAUUACCGGACAAGAGCGAGGACGACGUGAGGACGUGGUACGAGAAGCUCCUCGGGGAUUUGUUGGAGAUCGAGCGCGGCGCGCGCGCGUAACUAGAUGCUUAGGA